AUGGUCUUCAAAGUUAGCAAAUGUGCAGAGGAAGACAAAGUGACUUAUGCUGCUUCCAUGAUGAAGUUUGAAUCCCUAUUCUGGUGGGAAAUAGUUACCAACUUAAGGGGCGAAGAGGUUAUAGCAAGGAUGUCAUGGGAUGAGUUCAAGGUGCUGUUCAACGAGAAGUUCUGCCCAAAGACUGUUGUAAAACAGUUGGAAGAAGAAUUAUCGAGGUUAGAACAAGGAAGCUUAACGGUCAGGGAGUAUACGACCAACUUCACAGAGAAGGCUAGAUUCUCAGAGCAUUAUGUCUCUACUGAGGAGAGACGGGUAGAGCGUUUCAUAUGGGGAUUGAAAACAUCCGUCAGAGAGUUUGUCCUCACCAUGAAACCAACUACUUUCCAAGAGGUUGUGAAUGCAGCCGAGGUUAGAGAAAAGGAAAUGGUCCGCCAAGAAUCCGAGCGAGGCCAGUUGAAGAGGAAAUGGGAAGGUUCAAACAACGAAGCCCGAAGACAAAAAGCUGGGAACUCAGAAAGGAAGGUAUGGCAAGGACAAUCGGGCAAACCAUGUCCUAAAUGCAACCUUGUGCAUAGAGGAGAAUGCUUGGUUAAGCCCAGGGUCUGCUACCGGUGUGGGAAGGCUGGACACUUAUCCUAA